AUGGAGUUUCAGCUUCUUCUUCUCACUUUCUUCCUACCCUUUGUCAUCUUACACAUUUUCUUCCGGCUCAGCCGUGACCGCCGCCUCCCCUCUGGUCCUUGGCCACGGCUGCCGUUCAUUGGCCACUUGCACCUCCUCGGUCCUCUCGUCCACCGUUCCCUCCACCGCCUCUCCCUCCGGUACGGUCCCUUCUUCUCUCUCCACUUAGGUUCCGUGCCCUGCGUCGUCGUUUCCAAUCCUCAUUAUGCUAAGCUGUUUCUUCAAGACAAUGAACUAUCCUUUAGCUCUCGGUUUGAAUCCACCGCCAUUAAAAGACUCACAUACGAGACCUCCCUGGCUUUCUCACCCUACGGACCUUACUGGAAGUUCAUCAAGAAGCUAACCUUGAACGAACUGGUCGGUUCUCGUGGCACAGGAAGAUUCUCGAGUCUGCGCGCCCAGGAGUGCCAUAACCUUCUGAAGCUCAUCGCUGGAAAAGCGAGGUCCGGCGAGGCGGUGAACGUGACGGAGGAAUUGCUGAAGAUGACGAACAGCGUGAUAUCGAAGAUGAUGAUCGGAGAAUCGGAGGAGGCGAGCAGGGUAAUCCGAGAGGUGACCACGAUGUUCGGAGAGUUCAACGUGGCGGAUUUUGUUGGAGUGUUGAAGAAGGUGGACGUGCAAGGGUUUGGGAAGAGGAUCGAGAAUCUGUAUCAGAGGUUUGAUGGUUUAGUGGAGAGGAUUAUAACGAAGCGUGAACAAGCCAGGAAAAAUGGCAGGAAGCAAGACAGGGAUAGGGACUUUCUUGACAUUUUGCUGGACAUUGCGGAGGAUGAGAGUUCCGAGGUCAAAAUCAACAGGGUUCACAUGAAAGGCUUAGUGAUGGAUUUAUUCACAGCAGCCACGGGUACCAUGGCAACCGGGUUAGAAUGGGCAUUGUCAGAGCUUAUCAACCACCCCAAGUUACUCCAAAAAGCUCACAGGGAUAUUGAUGACGUGGUUGGAAAUCAACGGUUGGUUGAAGAAUCCGACGGUCCAAAACUCCCCUUCAUCCAAGCCAUUAUCAAAGAAACGUUGCGUUUGCACCCGCCAGUGCCUUUGGUCAUAAGAAGGUGCACUGAAGAAAGCAGGAUUGAGAACUACGUUAUCCCAGAGAACACUGUGCUUAUGGUUAAUGUUUGGGCCAUGGGUAGGGACCAAAACCUUUGGGAGAGCCCAAUGAAGUUCCAGCCCGAUCGAUUCUUAAAGCCCAUAGAAGGAGGUUCCUCCAACUCCAAGGGCCUUUUGGAUGUGAGGGGACAACAUUUUCAAUAUUUGCCAUUUGGGAGUGGGAGGAGGAUGUGUGCUGGCCUUCCUCUAGCCAUGCAGGAGGUGCCAACAGUGUUGGCUGCCCUCAUCCAGUGCUUUGAUUUUCAACCCAUGGGCCCUAGCGGUGACAAAGUUGACGAGAUUGAUAUGAUGGAGGGGCCAGGCUUGACUGUUCCACGGGCCCAUGAGCUGGUCUGUGUUCCCGUCGCGAGGCCCAUAUGUGGCCCACUCCACUUGGUUUGA